AGGAACUUGCGGGGGUCACUGCUGGGCACCGAUCAUCAGGGCACUGAUCAUCAGUGCCCUGAUGAUCGGUGCCGAUCCCCCGCUCUGACAACUGCCGGUUCUCGGCACGUGAGGAAAGUACUGCCGGGAACCGGCAGUUGUCAGAGCAGGGAUUGGCAACCGAUCAUCAGGGCACUGAUGAUUAGUGCGCUGAUGAUCGGUGCCCAGCAGCGCAACCCACCAGUUCCGCCCACCUGUGCCCAGCAGUGCCGCCCACCUGUGCCCAGCAGUGCACCCACCUGUGCCCAG